UGCUUUCUCCUUCUCCGCCGUAUCAUCCCUAGCUCUCUACUAUAAAUUCUCCCCCGUGCCGCUCGACAGGAUAUACUCCCAGAAAGAGCACCGAUCAAAGAGCUCCCAGAAAUCAAUCGAUCACCCUUCCGCUUCCAACACCAGCCAAAUCGUCGAUUCCUUCCACCAGCAUCUCGAAUCCCCACCGAUACGACCGACAAUGUCGCUGAUCCGUCGCAGCAACGUGUUCGACCCCUUCUCCCUCGACUUCUUCGACCCCUUCGACGGCUUCCCUUUCGGCUCCGGCAGCAACAGCAGCGGCAGCCUCGUCCCGCGCACCUCCUCGGACACGGCGGCCUUCGCGGGCGCGCGCAUCGACUGGAAGGAGACGCCCGAGGCGCACGUGUUCAAGGCGGACGUGCCGGGACUGAAGAAGGAGGAGGUGAAGGUGGAGGUGGAGGACGGCAACAUCCUCCAGAUCAGCGGCGAGCGGAACAAGGAGCAGGAGGAGAAGACCGACACCUGGCACCGCGUGGAGCGCAGCAGCGGCAAGUUCCUGCGCAGGUUCCGGCUCCCGGAGAACGCCAAGGCGGAGCAGGUGAAGGCGUCCAUGGAGAACGGCGUGCUCACCGUCACCGUGCCCAAGGAGGAGGCCAAGAAGCCCGAGGUCAAGUCCAUCCAGAUCUCCGGCUAGAGCGAUGAAAUGGGAUGCAGAGCAGUGGUGUGGAGUCUCCCCCCGGUCGUCGUGAUGAAAUAAAAUCAAGAAGAGUCCGGCCGUCUGUGCGUGCGAAUGGUCCAAUGUUGCAGUCAGUGUUUUGAGUCUCUCGUGUCAGUGUUUUGAGUCCGGUUUGUUGUUGUUUGUUCAUCAGUCUGUACUGGCUCUGUACUCCAUCAGCAACUGAGUAAAUUCAUUACCUUCUGCUAA